AUGUUACGUUUAUUUCAGAAUCAUAUACAAUUUAAAGAAUAUCCUCCUGGAACUAUUUUAUGUAAAUUAAAUACCUUAAGCUUAGGAGUUUAUGUUAUCAGUUCUGGAUUAGUCAAGGUUACAGGAACUGCAAGUAAAGAAAAAGAGACAUCAGAAGUUUUACAAAAUUCAGAUUCACAUUUAUAUUUUACAAGUAAUGGAUAUUUUGAAGAGUAUAAAACUGUAACAGAAUCACUUGGAUUAUUUGGACUUUUGACAAGACGUAAAUUAGUCACUGAAGCCGUGUGUAAGACAAAAGUUGAGGCUGCUUUUAUUCCAAUGAAGAAAUUUGUUAAUGCUGCCAUACACUUCAAAGAUCAGCCAAAUCUGUUAUACAAUAUUUGGAAAAGUGAAUCCUUAAAGAUAGCAGUGCAAAUACUACAACAACAACCACCAUAUUGGGAUUAUUCAGAAGAAAAACUGAUGAAACUUUUACAAGAUGCUGCUUUACCAGAUUUUCGUGAUUAUGAUGAAUUUAUAAGACCAGAAUUUGUUCUAGAUGUUGUUUUGAUUCAAGGAAAAAUUAUAAAUAAUGAUGAUGAUGAGGAAUAUUAUGGACCAGUGUAUAUUCCUCGUUAUGUUUCACAUUUUAUCUUUACAAAUAAAAAAGAAAGAUUUUCUCGUUUAGUAGUAUUAUUUUUGGCUCCAACAAAUAAAAAUGUAAAUAUGCAGUUUGAUUGGAUGCAACAGAUAGAAGACAGAGAAAUGAAAUUGGAAAGUGCUUCUUUUAAAAUGAGUAUAAAAGAUCAAAGAUUAAUAGAAUCAAUGCAGGAUAUUGAUGAAGAAACUUCCUUAAAUGAAUUAAAUGAUUAUUAUGAUAAUUUUCGAACNAUUUUUAUAUAA